UACAUCCUCUGUGUAAGAAAUUAAGAAGUAAGAACCCGGCUCACGUUAGCUUGUCUGCCCCCUUUCCACGAGAUUCCCGACGAAACGUAUUGCUAAAGUGCGCCUUCUGCUUUUCCCUCCCAUCGCUUCCACCAUUUCCAAGGAAUCUGUGUCUUUACAUCUCUAGGUUAUGCUCUCUCUGCAUUUCUUCUAUCUGUAGAUUCUAGCAUCUUCUUUGUACGGAUGCGUUCCAGAGCUGAGCUAUGGCCUUCACAGCCGUUUUCCACGUUCCACCCACCUCUUCUCAUCAUUACUCCCAGUUGUGUUCCCUUGGGCUCAACAGGAAGCAGAAGAGAUUAGCUGUUACGACAACUUCAAAAAGAAAGGGUCAUUCCAGGUGGAUUGUCAAAUCAGUCUUGAACAACAGGAAGUCAAGCAUAAAUGACAAUGGGUCAACUGAACCAGCUAGGGUUCUUCUGGAGAGGUUGUUUGCACAGACGCAGAAACUAGAAGAACAUAUGAGUAGGGAUCCUGGUCUUCCACUGGACAUACAAUUGGGGCUUAACCUUGAAACCUUAGAAUCUGAUCUUCAGGCUGCAUUGGUAGCCUUAAAGAAAAAGGAAGAAGAUCUCCAAGAUGCAGAGGGGAUGGUUUUGAUGGAACAUACUGAAUUAAACCGUGCAAAGGAGGAGUUGAAGCGGCAUGCAGAAGAAAUUGCUGUUGCUUGCUCUAAGCACGAGAAACUAGAAGAGGAGCUGAAGCAGGCAAAUCUUAACCUAGCUUCUCGAGCAAGGCAGAUAGAAGAUCUAAAACUUCAGCUUAAAAACAGAGACCAAGAAAUUUUUGCUGCACGAUCUGCUCUGUCUUCGAAACAAGAUGAAAUGGAUAAAAUGAGAAAUGAGUUGAUGAAGAAGACUGAGGAAGCUGCUAAGAAGGAAUCUGAAAUUCAAUCAAUGGCUAAGCUCCUGGAUGAAGCCAAUGAAGUUGUCAAGAAACAAGAAAUAGAACUGCAAGAACUUCAAAAAUCAAUCCAAGAGAAAGAGGAAGAACUAGAAGAAUCUAUGAUGCUUCGGAAACUUGAAGAGAAGAAGCUCAAAGUGGCAGAGGCCAAUUUGGAGAAGAAGACAAUGGAUUGGUUAUUAGCACAGGAAGAACUGAAGAAAUUGGCAGAGGAUGCAGCUAAACACAUGGGAGAGAGUAAUAAAACUAUGAAGGAAUUUAGAAGAGCGAAGAGGCUUCUUCAUGAUGUGAGAUCUAAAUUGGUUUCUUCCCAGAAAUCUCUCGCUUCAUCAAGACAAAAAAUGGAAGAGCAGGAGAAGCUGUUAGAGAAACAACUCGCAGAACUUGAAGAACAAAAAACUAGCAUUAAUCAUUACAUGACGAGUUUGAAAGAUGCCCAAAUUGAAGUAGAGAGUGAAAGAGUGAAACUGAGGGUUGCAGAAUCUCGAAACAAGGAGCUUGAGCGGGACUUAUCUGUGAAGAAGGAGCUCAUGGAAGAGUUACAAGAAGAGCUGAGGAAAGAAAAAUCUUCUUUGCAACAGGUAAUCCAAGAGACGUCUUUUCUCCAAAAGGAGCUUGAUCAGAAAACUACUGAAUUUGGAGAACUGCAUAACCUGCUUCAGGUUAAAGAGUCGGAACUAGUGGAAGCUAGACUAGAAAUCCAGCAUUUGAAAUCUGAGCAGGUGUCCCUUCAGCUUAUCUUGAAGGAGAGAGAUUUGGAACUCUUCAAUGCACAGAAAAAGUUGGAGGAAGUAAACCAGGAAGUUUCGGAGCUAAAGAUGCUCAUGAAUAAUAGAGAAGACCAGCUUAUGCAGGCCACUACUUUGCUGAAGGAGAAAGAGGAACAUAUGCUGAUAAUGCAACAUGAGCUCACUGAUACGAAGCUGAAAUUUUCUGAAGCAGAGAGUGUGGUAGAACGGAUUGUAGACCUCACAAACAAACUGGUUAUCUGCACAAAGGAUGAAGAAUGUACUGCAACUAGCCCAUUUGAUGAUAUGGGCCAGAAUUUACUACACCAACUGUUUGAGAAACCAACCGAUGAUUUUAAGAGGCAGGAGAAAAGGUUAGAAACUGAACUCGAGUUGACCAGAGAAAGCCUCAGAACGAAAGAACUGGAAGUUCUAGCUGCACAGAGGGCUCUCACAAUUAAAGACGAGGAGCUCAAAAUAGCUCUUGAGAGAUUAGAUGCAAGGGAGAAGGAACUUAGAAGGAUGAAGGAAGAAAUGAUGGAGGAUGCUAAUCAUCUGAAGAAUCUUUAUGCUUUGGCACAAGAAAGAAUUGGUGAGAAAAGUGUUGGUGAUUUGGUCAUUGAGAAACUCCAACUGGAGGCAGCUCAACUGGAAGUUGAAGCUGCAACUAGCGCACUACAUAAACUUGCAGAAAUGAGUUGUGAGCUUCUGCAUAAUGUUAGCUUGAGCGUUGACUCUGAGACUGAUACUGCUAUAUUCCUGCCAAAUGGUUUUGAUCCCUGGUUAGGUAUGCAUGAGAAUAAUGAGCAUUUUACCAAGGUUAAAACUGAAGUUGCUCGGCUUUCAGCUAUCACUGACCAGCUUGUGCAAGAGGCCGGCGUUGUUGGUGCUGCAAACUAGUAGAGUUGAGUUGACCAGAUUCUGUGUGGAUAUCUAACUGAUUUAUGUACUAGUACAUUAGUAGAAAGUGUUUGGGGUAUUAGUUCCUUUGUUUUAGUGGCACUUGUGUGAAGCCAUGUUGUUACAUCAUGUUCUACAGUCAAAAGAGUCAGAGAGUGUUCACCUUGUAUAAAUUCCACAAUUCAAAUAAAAAGGAUAUUUUAUUUUUAUUCAA